AGGCCGGGGUCACGAGCAUAGGUGAAGGGAAAGCCCAGGGUGGGGAAAAGGCGGCGAGUUCCCUAAGGCCGGCUCCCAGGGAAGUACCUGGGGGGAAGGGGCUUAGUCACAGAGCUGUACUGUACCAAGUACUUUCCCUCUGGUAAUUAAAAAAAUGGGGCGAGGGGCGGGCUAGUCAGGGGAUUCCUCCGUUGCGAGCCUCGCCUGGGCUUUUUAUGUAACGCCGCAGACAGGCACAGGCUGGUUCUUGCUGUUUGACUUGCUUGGAAAUUCCCAGCGGCUCGUGCUCCGCCCCUUACAGAAAUCCCCUCAGCAGAGGGCGUAUAUCCAGCGCCGCCGCCCGCCGCCGCUCUCACACAGUGCUCGCCUGCCGCCGCCGCUGAGCCUGGGCCUGGGUCGCUUGCGAAGGAGCCGAAGGGGAUCUAGCGCCUGUGUUAGCGGAGGCCGAGCCAUGUUCCAGCCCAGCUGCAGCCCGGCUGGCCGGCGGGACUCAGCGAUGGAGCCGCUGAAGAAGGAGCGGCAGCUCGGCUUGCUGCAGGACGACCGGCACGACAGCGGGCUGGACUCCAUGAAGGAGGAGGAGUACGAGCUGCUGGUGAAGGAGCUGACGGACAUCAGGCUCCAGCCCCAGGAGGAGCGGGGGGCGCCGCACCAGCCGGCCGAGCCGUGGCAACAGCAAGUGACUGAAGACGGAGACACAUUUCUCCACUUGGCAAUUAUUCACGAAGAAAAGGCCUGGACCGUGGAAGUCAUUCGCCAGGCAACUGCCAACCCUGCCUUCCUGAACUUUCAGAAUAACCUAAACCAGACUCCACUUCACCUGGCAGUAAUCACAGAUCAGGCUGAAAUUGCUGAGAUUCUUCUCAAGGCCGGAUGUGAUCCAGAGAUCAGAGACUUCCGAGGAAAUACACCACUUCAUAUUGCCUGUGAGCAGGGCUCUGUCAGAGCUGUCAGCGUCCUCACUCAGUACUGCCAGCAGCACCACCUAUAUUCAGUCCUACAGUCUGCCAACUACAAUGGACACACGUGUCUCCAUUUGGCAUCUAUUCACGGGUAUCUGGCUAUAGUAGAAUAUUUGCUGUCCUUGGGAGCAGAUGUCAAUGCUCAGGAGCCUUGUAAUGGCAGAACUGCCCUCCACUUAGCUGUAGACCUGCAGAAUUCAGAACUGGUGUCGCUUCUGGUAAAACAUGGGGCUGAUGUGAACAAAGUGACCUACCAGGGCUAUUCUCCAUACCAGCUCACAUGGGGAAGAGACAGCUUCAGCAUACAGGAACAACUGAAACACUUAACCACGGCUGACCUACAAAUGCUACCAGAAAGUGAGGAUGAGGAGAGCUGUGAAUCAGAAUCAGAAUUCACAGAGGAUGAAAUAAUGUAUGAUGACUGUGUUAUUGGAGGACGACAGCUGGCAUUUUGAAGAAGAGGUUUCUCUUAAAGGACAUGACUCUAUAUAUAUAUAUAGGAAGCUG